UGCCAGGAAAGCACACGAAGAAGAACAUGGUAACAAAUGGGCAAUGAUGAACCUCAAUUUGAGGAGCGCACUGUCUGGGCCCGGGACAAGAGUGGCAGAAGGAAGGGUGUAGCGUAGGUAAAACUAUCGUACAGCGCAGUGGGCUUCCACUCAAUGAGUGCGGUCAAUAGACAUUGAAACCCGGUGCAGUCAUCUAGGUGUAGGGUGCUUACGUGUGCGUCAGUGAUUUUCAGACAACUCCAGCAAGUCGACUGUGCGUAAAACUCCAAGAAGAGGAGGAGGAAAACCCAGACCAGGGACAACCAUGUAUGAGAUGUGGAGACCAGUGUCCAGGCUUUCGCAUGCAUGGCUGGAGAGAGUGUGAAAUAGCUGAGCGUUGAACUGGAACAAACUCUAGUGGACACAAGGGGAAUUCCACCAGGUUUAGAGGAAGAUCUGUGUGCACUGUAAGUGUGUGCGUGAGGAGCAUGCAGUGCGGGUGGUGCCGGGCCAGCUGGAGAGGAUGAUGGUGAAGCUGGUCUCAGACUUCCAGAGACACUCCAUCUCCGACGACGACUCGGGCUGCGCCUCCGAGGAGUACGCCUGGGUCCCGCCUGGACUCAAGCCCGAACAGGUGUAUCAGUAUUUCAGCUGUAUCCCGGAGGACAGAGUGCCCUAUGCUAACAGCUCAGGAGAGCGGUACCGCAUAAAACAGCUCCUCCACCAGCUACCAGCUCACGACAGUGAGCCUCAAUACUGUAACCAUCUGGAUGAGGAGGAGAAGAAGGAGCUGCGUAUGUUCAGUCAGCAGAGGAAAAGAGAGAACCUGGGCAGAGGCAUGGUCAGACUGUUCCCUGUCACCAUGACCGGAGCCAUCUGCCAACAGUGUGGCAGACAGAUCUGUGGUGGGGACAUAGCGGUGUUUGCCAGCCGGGCGGGUCACGGGAGCUGCUGGCACCCUCAAUGUUUCCAGUGUGCCUCUUGUACUGAGCUGCUGGUGGACCUCAUCUACUUCUACCAGGAUGGACAGAUCUACUGUGGCAGGCACCACGCUGAGAGGAUCAAACCGCGCUGCCAAGCCUGUGAUGAGAUAAUUCUAGCUGAUGAGUGUACAGAGGCAGAGGGCCGACACUGGCAUAGGAAGCACUUCUGUUGUUUUGAGUGUGAAGCAGCGUUGGGAGGACAGCGGUACAUCAUGAGAGAGUGCCGGCCGUACUGCUGCUCCUGCUAUGAGUCACUCUAUGCAGAGUACUGUGACACCUGUGGGGAACACAUAGGUAUAGACCAGGGGCAAAUGACCUAUGAGGGCCAGCACUGGCAUGCUGCCAAGUCGUGUUUCUGCUGUGCCCGCUGUCGGCUCCCCUUGCUGGGGCGGCCCUUCCUCCCACGUGGGGGCCUCAUCUUUUGCUCCAGGCCCUGCUCUCUGGGAGAAGACCCAGAUAACUCAGACUCGUGUGACUCAGCCCUCCAGAACCGGCCUCCUCAGCACAGACGCUGUGAGACAGAUGAGAAGAUCCAGCAGCCGCAGCGCUGCUCCCCACAGCAACCACCAGAGGGAGCCAACAUCCCUGUUGUCCCAGGAGAAGUCUGCAUUCAUGCUGCACUGGAAAAUAGACGUGUUCACAUCUCUACUAACGUUCUGAAUGGAGUCCCCCCACCACUCAACGGUCAUCCUAACCUCAGACAGUCCUACUCGCCCCUUCCCCAUUGCCACUUAGCCAAUAACUGGGGAACAUCUUGUCCUGUCGACCAAUCACUCAGCAGUUUGCGCCCUGGAGAUUGUGGCAAGCAUCCAGGCAGUAGUCUGGAGUUUUUAGGAGAGCCCAAUGGCUAUGCGGGACACCCCCUCACCAGUUUCAGUAGAGGAACGUCUACUGCAAAGGACCGUGGGAACUGUGUGGAGAGAAGUAGUCAAGUUAUGCAAGUGUUUCCUCCCCCGAGGAACUCAUCCUUACCUGCAUCACUAAACCAUCCCAGUCCUGCUGACCCUCUGCCCCUCCCGCCCCCUCAACCCAAGUCUUGUGAUUUGAUAAUCAGGCCAAGUCUGCACCAACUAGAGCCAAGCCCCCCUGACCCUAGCCCCCAAUCAAGUCGAAGUGGGACAACCAGGGUCAGUUUCCGAGAGCCAAUCAGCUGCAGCUACUCUGUGGAUGAGGAGAAGGAGGAGGAGGAGGAAGAAGAGGAGGAGGAGAGAAGAGAGGGGGUUGAAGAACAGGCAGAGGAAGAGGAUGGAGGUUUUGGGAGCAGGUUACAUAUGCAAAGGGGCAUUCCACCUCAAAUGGACCUACUGGAUGGUUCAUACCAACAUCGUAGUUUACGGCGGGGGUGGAACCGUGGCCGUGUGGCUUCCGACUCCACUCUCCACCUAGGCACAGAGACACGUUUCUGUCACUCUCAGCCGGACAGGCCCCGUCUGGAUGCUCUAGAAAGGAGACGAGAGAGGGAGAGUGUUUCCCUCUCUUCCCCUGUUAUCACAGAGCCCCCAUUACUCAACCUCCAGCCAACCCAGUACAACAAACAUCAGGACUCCUGCUCCACCUGCUCCUCCUCCUCAGACUCAGAGGAAGAUGGUUACUUCCUGGGGCAGCCUAUCCCCCUGCCCCCCCAGCUAACCCACAGGCCCCAGUCUGUGGAUGGAGAGAGGGAAGGAGAGAGGGAUGGAAAGACUGAAGGAGAGAAGGACAGGGGGUUGAGAGACAGCCUGAGCAGGAAGAGAAGGGCCAAUGGCCUUGGUGCAAAGGACAAAGACAAGAACUGUGCCAUCUCCUAAGUUUGACCCUCACAGUGAAAGUUCUGUUUUUCAACGAUCAAGCCAAUGUCCAGUUUCACAAUAAAGGAUAAAUAUUAA